UUUGCUCUGAGAGUCGUCUGUUUCUGCUGGAGACAGGAUCAUCAGCUGGGUUUAGUUUGGCAUGUAGUGACCGUUCUUUUUCUACUAUUGCAAGAAAAUAUUUAAGAUCUUUAGAAAUGGAUACCGCCAACCAGCUUGUGUCUACUGGUACAUUUCGUGUGGUGAAGGAGCCUCUUGGAUUUCUGCGGAUUUUAGAAUGGCUUUUUGCAAUUUUUGCAUUUGCAACAUGUGGUGGUUAUUCUGGACAACUGAAAAUCAGUGUAGACUGUCAGAACAAGACAGACAGCGACCUAAAUGUUGGGAUAGAGUUUGCUUACCCUUUCAGGUUGCACCAGGUGUAUUUUGAUGCCCCUACGUGCGAUGGUAAAAGACGAGAGAGACUGUUCCUGAUAGGAGACUAUUCUUCUUCGGCUGAGUUCUUCGUUACUAUUGCAGUCUUUGCUUUCUUAUACUCAUUGGGGGCCACUGUCGUGUACAUUUUUUACCAGAACAAGUACCGAGAGAACAACAGGGGGCCCCUUAUUGAUUUCAUUGUGACAGUGGCGUUCUCGUUCAUGUGGCUCAGCCACCAGCCCUCGUUAUUUUUUUUGAACUCGUCUGCCUGGGCGAAGGGUCUGUCGGAUGUGAAGACCGCCACAGACCCUGAUGAGGUGCUUUUGUUAAUAUCUGCAUGUAAGGUGCAGUCCAACAAAUGCCUUCCUCUCCGUAAACCUGUGUGGGCAAGUUUAAACACAUCUGUUGUCUUUGGAUUUUUAAACUUUGUUCUAUGGGCUGGAAACAUUUGGUUUGUAUUCAAGGAGACUGGAUGGCAUUCUUCCACCCAGAGGUAUCCUACAAGUACCACAGAAAAGAAACCGAGUGGCUAUAACCAGCAAUCCUACAACCAAGGCAGAUAUGAGCAAGAAAACAUUGGCCAGUCUGGUGGUACCAAUCCACCAGGAGACUUCGGUCAGCAGUCAAACUAUGGCCAAAUGGGAGGCUAUGGCCAGGUAGGGUAUGCCCCAAACGAGCCUACCUCCUUUGCUAAUUAGAUGUAACAUCUAUACUGAAUUUUAAGAUACAAAGUUUAAGAGGGCAAAUGAUAAUCAGUUGACGUCUAAAUUAGACAACAAUAUGAGGAGUGUUUUCCUCUGUUGUCAGUAGUCUAGUGUCAGAAAGGCAGUGGUUCUUGUUUCCAAACUGCAGCAUAUCUUGCUUGUAGGUAGCGAGAGGUACAAUGAUAUUAUCUGGGGAGUGAAACCAAAAGUUAAAAAGUUAACAUUGUAGGUAUUGUAAAAGUAAUGUUAUCGUAGUUCUCUCUCUCUCUCUCUCGCUCUCGCUCUCUUCCCCCCUCUCUCCCCGCUCUCCUUCUUUCUUUCUCUCUCUCUCGUCUUUUUUUUUUGGUAUGUUGUAUUCCAGUGGUUAUAGCUGUUUGUAAGUAUUUGUUUCUGUGAUAUGCUAUGCCACAGAUCUUGACAGAAAGUAUUUUUGAACUGUUUGUGAAAGAAAUCGUGGUCAUUUGUAACAUUAUUGGAUCAUAUUAUUAUUAUUAUUAUUAUUAUUAUUAUUAUUAUUAUUAUUAUUAUUAUUAUUAUUAUUGUGUUGAAAAAGUGCAUGAUAUUGUACAUUGCAAGUUAUAUAUCUGCUGUGCGUGUGUGCACAUUUUGAGUAAUUUUACAGCAGCAGUGCAAGCAGGAUUUAAUUAAAUUUAUUCAACGCAUACCUAAAGUAUCUAAUAUUUAGUCUUUGAGCUCUUAUUUGUUUAAGAUGUGUUUUAGCUUUUUUUUUUGUAAUAUCUAAUUAUAUUUUCUUGUACUUACUUUAAAGUUUUUUAUUUAUUUAUUUAUUUAUUUAUAUCCUGGUGAUAUUACACUAUUAAUAAUGCACACUGAUAACUGUCCAUAAACAAUAGUUAUUUAUUGUUGGUGUUUUGUGACUAAUUAGAUGUUAGUGGUUAUAGUACAAGGAGCAUUCCUUUUAUUUUGUACUUUCAUAGGAUUUUAGUAAGUACACAUGUUUAGAAUAUGCUGCUUAAACUGCCAUAAUUCAGAAUUGAAAGCACAAAUAUGAAAAAGGGAGGAGUGGAACACUGGGUAUGUGUUGAAAAUCUUAUAAAUACAUGUGUUUAAAUAGUAAACACCCAACAUCCCAUAAUACCUAUAGAUUUUGAAUAACAGUAAGUUGAAUCAUAUUAUCAAAAUUAAAAGAUAUGCAGACCUGUAAAUUAGGUUGAUAUACAUUCAUUAAUCACAUAUUUCUUUAACAAAACAACAUGUAAGUUUGAAUAGAAGUGUAACUUGACAUUCUCUUAAUUGUGAACCUUGUUCUUGACUUCCAAAGCAUGUGACGUGAGUUAGUGCAGUAACUGCAUUUGUUGGUUGAGGUAUAUACGAUUGUUGUAUUUGCUCUAAACUCAGUGUUGCAUUAUAAUGUGAUCAGCUGUACCUGAAUAAGAUUGUAUAUCAGUAUGCUUUUAAAAUAUGUUUAAUAAAGUUGUUGCAUAAACCUUG